AUGGAGAGAAAGGUGCGCACCUGCAGAGGCAGGCCUCCCCCUACCGUAGCGAUAGCGGCGACGGCUGCCCCUCCUCAGCACAAGCGGCGCCGCACCAAGGAACGUUCAGAGCAGCUGCCCAGCAUGCCGGUGCUUAUCGAUCAAGAGUCCUUCCAGCCAGAGCCCUCCUCGCCCACGCAUAGGCAUAGGCCUAAGAAAAAGAAGGCCAAGAAGCACUCCAGGCGGGAUAAGUCCGGGACACACCGCCGUCAUAGCCGGCACAGUAAGCCCGAGGAGGAGGAGGAGCAGGAGGAGCGGCAUGACGGGGAGGAGGAACGGAAGGACAUGCUGCAGACGGAGGAGCUGGUGGGCAAUGUCUCCAUUCUGGAGCAGCUGCUAACGGACAAGCCGAGGCAGCAUCGCCGUCAUCGCCGCGAAAAGAAAACACAACCAAAACAGUAUCAUCGUCAUCGCCGUCAAGACGCCCCAUCGUCAACGUCAACGGUCUCCACAUCUACCUCCCCCAGCACCGCCACCAGCCCCACCAGUACGGUGCGACCCCGGCAUUGGUUUGGCCAGAAAAAGCGCAUCCUGGAGCAGUGGCGCAGGGAGCACUCCCAGCAGCAACAGCAGCAAACGAGGGGCGACAGUGAUGGCUAG